CACCUCCUUGUGCAGAGUUUUUAGAUGCACACAAAGUUUGGACCUGCACACAAAGUUUGGAACUGCACCAUGAGCGCUGACCAGAGCUAUCCGUUCCCACAGGUGUUCCUUGUGGAUGGAGGUGGAGGGCCACAGCACGCUGCGCAGCCUCCAAGUCUUGUACCCUGCUGGUCCUACCCACCUCCCCAGGAGAGAUCUAGGAGCCGUGGAAAGAGUCGGGGUUGCAUGGGAGUCAGCCCCGGUCUGGCCCUGAUCGUACUCAUGCUGUUCCUACUUGUGUUUGCGGCCCUAGGGUUGGAAGCUUACCAGAUUAUCAACAUGCAGGAAGAACUGAGAGAGUUAAAAAAGGUCCAUUCUGCGACUGAGUUUACGACAACUCAGACAAAGAUUGAGUUUGAUACACCUUACAAGCAAAUUGGUGAUAAACCUGAGUUGAGUGGAGAAGACAAGAACAACAGACCUGCAGCACAUGUGACAGGGCGGAUUGAAACCAAAGUGUUCCCUAAGACUUUGCGCUGGGAGCCGCAUGCAGCGCGGUCGUUCCUCUCUGGAGGAGUGGCCUACAGGUUUGAAGAGGGUUCCCUGCAAGUCAAUGAGACAGGACUCUACCACAUUUACUCACGAGUGGAGCUGAUCUUUAAGAAUUGUUCUCCUACGUCAUCGUUCAUACAUUCAGUGUUUGUGAGGAGAGAAGGACACUCCUCGCUUCUGACCCUGAUGGAGGCCCACAGAGCGGGUUUCUGCUCCCAGCAGAGCCACUCCUGGACCACAGAGAGUUACCUCGGCUCCGCCCUGAAGCUGCAAAAAUACGACAGAGUAUUCGUGAAUGUAUCUCACCCGUUGUAUCUUAGUCAUGCAAAUUAUGGCAACUUCUUUGGUCUCUACAAGAUCUGAUGGUUUAAUGUUUUUAAAGUCAUAAUUUAACUCCAAAAUCAGAAUAUAAACUGAUCAGAAUGUCUCUGAAAAGCUUAAAUUGCUGAUUUGGUUGCUAUAAGGUUUAAAAACUGCACUGAAUAGCCUAAUAGGAAAUAGUCUGCAAUGUUGCACCCUGUCUUUAUUGACAGAUUUAAAACAGGUUGUUAAAUCAAUUGAUUUCCACACAUUCACACAAAUUGCCUUUUAUAAAAUGUAGAGUUUGUUAACACUAACGUGCCCGUUUAGUUGGAGCCUUUUUAAUCAUAUAAAUAUUUAUUUAAGUGUGGAUCUGAGAUGUAUGAUGUCCAAAUGUGUAAAAAAAUGGUUUGUUUGGAAGUAAAUAAAUACAUAAUUUAAGUAAA